GCUGGUAAUCAUGAGAUUCAUCAUCUUUGUUCUUUAUCUACUUGCUGCGUUUGGUCAUGGAAAAUGUGGGAAUGUUUUAGUUUGGCCUACUAGAGGCAGUCACUGGAUCAAUUUGAAGAUAAUUUUAGAAACAUUGAUCGACAAGGGACACAAUGUCACAGUUCUGGUGCCGAAUCCCUCUCCUUUCAUGGAUACCAAAAAAUCGGAUCGCUUCUCCUACCAGCACUUCAGUCUGUCCAUUACCACACAGGACUUGCAAGACUUCUUUCAUGAGCUGUAUGAGACUGAUCAGUUAAACUUCCUGCAGAUUCAAAUUAAAUUCUACGAAUUUGCUUACAAACAUCAGGAUGUGGCUUUUUCAUACUGUGAAGGUAUUCUGCAAUGGCUGGAGUUGAUAUUGCGUAAUGGAAAGUUUGAUGUCGUUCUUUCAGACCCACACUUCCAGUAUAUUGUGGCAGAAGAGCUGAACGUCCCCUCGGUUUAUGCUUUCCAGUUUUCCAUUGCUCACAAUUUAGAGCGUAUGUGUGGUCAACUACCAUCUCCACCCUCAUUUGUUCCAGCAGGCAUGAUUAAACUGACAGACGAGAUGAGCCUUACAGGACGAAUCAUCAAUCUGUUUUACCUUUCUCAAGAUGCCUUUGCCCUUUUGGUGUGGAAAAGAACGGACAAACACAACCCGUCCUACGUUUUUCUUUGGCCUCUAUCUUUUACCUCAGUACUUUGAUUUAUAAGUACCAUGACUAAUAUCUGUAUACUAAGUUAAUAACUAUAUCUUACAUUUGUUGAGUGUCUGCUUUAAUUAUUAUUAAUUAAUACACAUAUAUGUUGAGUCAUGGAGUCAUGAGUAAACUCACAGAAAAGAUGAGCUUUACAGAGUGAAUCAUCAAUAUGCUCUUUUGCUUAGAUACUUAAAUACUAUGCAAAAAUAAGAGUUAUGU